AUGGCCUGUUUCCUCCGCGGCCCGGGUCGCGCGGCCGCAGCGUGUUGUGCGUGCUGGGAGGCGGCUUUGAGGCAGACGCCCCAGGAGGCGCUCAAGGCGUUUCGGCGGCUCGCGCUGUUCCCUUCUCGACAACAGGCCCGUGACCGGGACCCGUCCAGGGGACCUUACGGCCGUGAUUCGGAGCCACCGGCCGCCGCCUUGAACUCGUCCCUUCCCCACCAGGCUUCCCUGGUGGCUCAGAUCGUAAAGCGUCUGCACGCAAUGCGGGAGACCGAGGCUCGUCUGGAGACGAAAGCCCCUGAAGGAGGAAAUGACAAACCACUCUGUUCUCGCUUGAAAAUUCUCAGGGACAGAGCCGCCUGGUGGGCUACAGUCCAAGAGGCUGCCAAGAGUCGGAGACGGCUGAGCGACUUCAUUUUCUUCCUGCUGGAGCUUCGGCGCCCUGCCCAAGGGCUGCGCCUCCGUCGCCUGCCCUGA